GAGGCUUCCCAACUGAAAUUCCUGUUUAUAUGUUUUCUGAUUUUCAGAACUGGGAAGCAACUAAUGUGCAGUUUCCUGUGCUUGAAUGCCUUGUUCUUCAUUACUUAUCGAUGAGUCCAUGCCAGCUUGCCAGAGCCCAACUGCCCAAGGCGGUUAUAAAAUUCAUUCAAUCUACAGUCUCGCCUCCACUUCCUAGCUAUCUCCAUCUCUCUCUCUUCCCGCCAUGGCUACAUCCAAAGGAGCUCUCUCAACAACCCUUUUCCUCAUCGCCAUUUCUUUGUUCCUUGCACUACCGCACGGCGGCAAUGCCUUGAAGCUCCCGUUUCGGCCCACUGAUAUGGUUCCGCCGUUGCCUCAGCUGCUCUCCCGCCCUAUCCUCAACUAUCUGCAUGCGCGCAAGAGUAGCAGUCCAGAGGACCCCUUGCCGGUCUUUGUGGGCGCCGCUUCCGCCUCCAACACCGCCAAUAUUCACUGGAAGGCGCCCUGCUUUAACCACAACUCUGCUUGGUUGGAGCUCCAUAAUAAGAGUCGCACUCCAUUUGGCGGCGGCGCUCUUCACAUCAAUGUAAGCAAAGCACACACCUGGUACUGUGAUGAUUCUUAUCUGUUUGCCACUGCGUAUCGUGUGACAUCGGAUUACUUUUUCUUGUCUGGUGAACAUACCAUCGAAUUCGACCAAUGGGUUUCGAAAGCUGAGUUAGAAUACGUGAAAAAGACUGGGGUUUCAAUUUUUGUCAUGGCUUUUGAAAUGAUGGGAGUCCUUGAUAUGCUAAAGGAAGUGUUUCCUUUGAUCACGAGUGCGGGAUGGAGUGAGAGGUCGAAUGUCAAUUUUCUCAACAAGCGCAUGGAGGCUUCAUUGUUGAUACGUCCCCUGCGACAAUGGGUAGCAAAUGUUUCUACCGAUAGUAUACAUUCUGGAGAUUUACUGGCCGUAUCAAGAUUUAGCGGCCGCCGGGGUGGUAUCCAGACUUUGGAGAAGUGGGUAACGGGUUCUUAUGCCGGUCAUAUCGCCGUUUGCCUGAGGGACGCCGGAGGGAAGCUGUGGGUCGGAGAAUCUGGGCGGGAGAAUGAUGAAGGGGAAGCUGUUAUUGCCAUCUUGCCUUGGGAUGAAUGGUGGGAAUUUGAGUUGAAAUAUGACUCCAUUCCCAGUAGUAUUGCAUUGCUCCCUCUCCGCCCAGAUCUCCGGGCAAAGUUUAAUGAGAGUGCCGCAUGGGAAUAUGCUAAAACCAUGGAUGGAUUGCCUUAUGCUUAUCACAACUUAAUAUUUAGCUGGAUUGACACUAUGAAGGAAAAUUACCCUGAACCCUUGGGGGAUCCUCAUGUGAUUGCUUCUGCCAUGACAGUUUGGAAUCAAGUACAGCCUCCAUAUGCCGCUAAUGUGUGGAAUGAAGCCUUGAACAAGCGGCUUGGAACAGAGGGGCUUGGUUUCCCAGAAAUUCUUGAAGAACUUAAACGGCGUGAAUCAAGUUUGGCACAAGUAUUGACUCUUCCAGAGCAAGAUGAUUGGGUUUACUCUGAUGGCAAGUCUACAUCCUGUGCUGCUUUUGUUCUUGGAAUGUAUAAGAAAGCAGGGCUGUUUGGUCCACUUUCAAGCCUCAUUCAAGUUACCGAGUUCACGAUUAAAGAUGCUUACUCGUUGAAGUUUUUUGAGAACGAUACAAGGCGCUUACCAAAGUGGUGCAAUGAUCCCUACACAAUACUUCUCUCCUGUCAAAUUCUGGGAAAGUACUUGAUGGAAUUGCCGGGUUACAAUAGCCUGGAACCAUACGCUCACAUGAAUGAAAGGUGUCCGUCUAUGCCUCCAAAAUAUCGCCGCUCAGAAGGUUGCUGA